UUAGCUUCUAGAAUUUUCAUUUCAAGCAUAAAUACCUAUUAGUGUAAAGCCUUUAUGUAUAACAGAAAGUCAGUCUUCUCUGCAUCAAAAGAAACAGAAACUAGUUUUCAAUCCUCAGAGUUCUAAAUUUUUCCUUGCAUUCCCACCUUGCUUCCUUCAAUUAGCCAACAUAGAAUUGAUCACAUUCACAAAUAAUUGGCAUUAGAACUUCAGCUAUCUAAACAUUAAUAAUAAUAAAAAUCUACAUUUUGGCAUAUAUACCUGUCACAAAAACUUUGUAGCAUUAUCCAGUUAUGGCAGCACUCCAAGUCCAUCUCUUCUUCUUGCCCAAUUGGAGCUCCUUAACACCUCAUGGAACACUGAGGCCUAGGCAUAUGCGGUGCAUGGCGAGCAAACAAGUGCUUUCUAAUACAGCAACUGAAAGGCAGUCGGCCAAUUUCCAGCCGAGCCUCUGGAGUUACGAAUAUAUACAGUCAUUGAAGAAUGGUUAUGAGGCUGACCUGUAUGAAGAUAGGGCAAAGAAGCUGGGGGAAGAAGUGAGGAGAAUGAUCAAUAACAAAGAUACGAAGUUAUUGACCACACUUGAAUUAAUUGAUGACAUUGAACGGCUCGGUUUGGGAUACCGGUUCAAGGAAGAAAUAAUGAGAGCCCUUGACAGAUUUGUCACUUUGAAAGGAUGUGAAGAGUUUACAAAUGGUAGUAUCCAUGACACUGCCCUCAGCUUCAGGCUCCUUAGACAACAUGGGUUUGGCGUCUCUCAAGAUAUGUUUAAUUGUUUCAAGGACCAAAAGGGAAAUUUCAAGGAGUGCCUUAGCAAGGACAUCAAAGGAUUGCUGAGUCUAUAUGAGGCUUCAUAUCUAGGUUUUGAAGGAGAGAACCUCUUAGAUGAGGCCAGGGAAUUCACAACCAUGCAUCUCAAGGACCUUAAGGGAGAUGUAAGCAGAACACUAAAAGAAGAAGUGAGACACUCUUUGGAGAUGCCAUUGCACCGCAGAAUGCGUAGGCUAGAACAGCGGUGGUAUAUAGAUGCAUACAAUAUGAAGGAAGCUCAUGAUCGCAAGCUACUUGAACUUGCCAAGCUAGAUUUCAACAUUGUGCAAUCAGUACACCAGAGAGACUUGAAAGACAUGUCAAGAUGGUGGCAGGAAAUGGGCCUUGGAAACAAAUUGAGCUUUGCCAGAGACAGAUUAAUGGAAUGCUUCUUUUUUUCGGUUGGAAUGGCCUUUGAGCCUCAAUUUAGUAAUAGCCGUAAGGCGGUAACAAAAAUGUUUUCAUUUAUAACCGUCAUUGAUGAUAUCUACGAUGUUUAUGCCACUUUGGAAGAACUGGAGAUGUUUACCGAUAUCGUUCAAAGAUGGGAUGUUAAGGCCGUGAAAGAUCUCCCUGAGUAUAUGAAGUUAUGUUUUCUAGCUCUCUUUAACACUGUUAACGAGAUGGUUUAUGACACUCUAAAAGAGCAAGGAGUGGAUAUUCUUCCAUACCUAACAAAAGCGUGGGGGGAUAUAUGCAAGGCGUUCCUACAGGAAACAAAGUGGCGUUAUUAUAAACGCACACCAUCGUCUGAGGACUAUUUAGACAAUGCAUGGAUAUCUGUAUCAGGGGCUCUAUUACUAAUUCACGCCUAUUUUUUAAUGAGUCCAAGUAUCACAGACAGGGCACUAAAGGGCUUAGAAGAUUACCAUAAUAUCUUACGUUGGCCUUCAAUCAUCUUUCGACUUACCAAUGAUUUGGGUACUUCAACGGCGGAGUUAGAGAGAGGUGAAACAGCAAAUUCAAUCCUGUGCUAUAUGCGUGAAACAAGUCGUUCUGAAGAUUUUGCUCGAGAACAUAUAAGUAAUUUGAUUGAUAAAACUUGGAAGAAAAUGAACAAAGAUCGGUUCAGCGAUUCUCCAUUUGAAGAACCUUUUCUAGAAACAGCAAUUAACCUUGCUCGGAUAUCCCAUUGCAUAUACCAGCAUGGAGAUGGGCAUGGUGCCCCAGAUACAAGAACAAAGGACCGAGUUCUAUCAUUGAUAAUAGAACCCAUACCAUGUUAUGACCCUAGUACAAACUUCCACAGCCAGAUCCACCUUUAGACAUAUAAAACCUGUAUAUUGUUAGUUGAGCUGCCUAUGCUUAGUGUGUUAUACUUUGGCAAAUUAGGCACAUGUUUGAUAGUUAGUUAAUCCUGUUAGCCAGUCACAGCCAUGUACGGCCAUGUAGCCGAAUAUAAAGGAAUAAAUCUCGUUGUAAGCUGCUUAUGUUGAAUAGUAAUGCAAUGCUCAGUUUUACAUUGA